AAAAACCUUUGCCUUCACAAUCGUAAGGCUGGUGGUUUUGGAACCCUAGUAGCUGCCCCCUUCUUGUUCUCCGUCUCCAUUCACGUUUGAGUUCGGCGGCGGCGAUUCUUGAUCAGGUCUUCAUCUAAGGCUCGAUAACCAUCUGCCCCUUCCUCCUCUCCGUCUCCGUUCCCGAUUAACUGCUGCGGCAGGAACACAGUGUUCCAAGGCAAUUACAGCGGCGGACACACACUCUGUUCCUCUUUCUUCUCCGUAUCUGCCCGGGUAGCGGCGGGAAAACUGUGUUCCAAGGCAAGUCCUCUCUGCUCCGUCCCCAUCUCAGGGAAUAACACGAAAACCUAGUGUUACAAGGUAUCUUCAAUAUGGCAACUAUAGUGUUUACCUCAGAGGAAGAUCCGUCACUUUCUAUUGUUCGUUUCACGUCUGAGCUUGCCUGGGCUGAUGCUGGACCGGAGGUUUCUGAGCCACAAGUUGCUAGAUUAUGUAUGGAGGCUCAAGAAUGCAUAGUAAUGAGUAGAUGGUCGGACUUGGCCUCUCUCAUGCUUACGUCAGCAGACUUGAUUUUUUCAAAAGUGUCAGAAAAAGAUCUUGAGUGCAUCUUCACCAUUACGUGUAGCCUUGUCACAAAACCUGAAAGCCUGGACGAAGCGUUCGAGAUGGCAAAGCUUAUAUCCACAAAAGUUACCCAACAAGCAAACGACAAGCCUGCAUUACGCUUGAAGAUCUUAUUCAAUCUGUACAAUCUGUUGGAGAAUCCAUAUAGCAAGUUCUAUGUUUACAUGAAGGCCCUUAAUUUGGCCAUCAAUGGAAAAGUCACUGAUCACAUUAUACCUUCGUUCAAAAAGAUGGAUAGCUUCGUGAAAGAAUGGAAUAUUGGGACCAUGGAUCAGAGAGAGCUUUUUCUCACCAUCUCUAAUAUAUUAAAAGAACACAAAGGCUCUGCAAAGGAUUCAUUUUACUUCCUGACCAAAUACUUGGCGACUUUUUCGGGGGAGGAUGCUUAUACAAUGAGUGAAGCUAAGGAGGAAGCAGUGCGUGCUAUUGUAGAGUUUGUGAAGGCACCAGAGAUGUUUCAGAGUGAUUUGUUAGACAUGCCUGCUGUGGGGCAGCUGGAGAAGGAUGGCAAAUAUGCAUUGGUAUAUCAGCUGCUGAAGAUAUUUCUCACUCAGAGGCUGGAUGCCUACUUAGAUUUCCAUGCUGCAAAUUCCACUUUACUGAAAAGCUAUGGUCUUGUCCAUGAGGACUGUAUUACAAAGAUGAGGUUGAUGACACUGGCUGAUCUUGGCUCUAACCAUGGCGAGAUUCCAUAUGGUCUCAUCAAAGACACACUUCGGGUCAACGAUGAUGAGGUGGAAGUGUGGGUAGUGAAGGCAAUAACUGCAAAACUGCUCGACUGUAAGAUGGACCAGAUGAACGAAGUAGUAAUCGUAAAUCGCUGUACGGAACGUGUCUUUGGGCUGAAUCAAUGGCUGACACUUCGAUCGAAACUCACAACAUGGAGGGGUAAUAUUGCAAAUGUUAUAAGCACCAUCCAAGCUAACAAGGGAACUGAAGAUGCCACACAGGCAGUGCAAGGUCUUAUGAGUCGUUGAGAAAAUUACCGAUCAAGGCUAUCGAAUUUUGAUGUCCUCGUUGCCCCUUUUUUUUUUUUUUUUUGGGUUUUGGGGGGUGGGGAUGGAUGGAUGGAUGGAUGGAUGAACGAGUUCUUAACUAUUUAUUGCACUAGUAAUUUCUGUGUAGUUGGAGCUUGGUCUAAAUUUUCCCGAAUUGAUAUUGCAAUUGAUUUUCAUUAGAUUUAUUAUCAUCAAAGUUGCCCUUCA